AUGGCUGAACGAAUAAUUGGGCUAUCGCCUCCGUCUCCGUUCGCGUUCGAAGGAAAUCUUGCUGAAUCGUGGAAGCAAUGGCAAAAGGCCUUGGACUUUUACCUAACAGCUACGGAAUCGGAUUCAAAAUCUGACAAGGUAAAAACUUCAAUUCUCUUGACGUGUAUAGGCGAAAAAGGGCGCGAAAUUUAUGACACUUUUGAGUUUGAAAAUGCUGGCGACAAAUUGAAACUAAAACCUGUUCUCAAGAAAUUUGAAGAGUAUUGCAAUCCUCGUAGCAACACUACCUUUGAGAGACACAAGUUUUUUACAUACCGCCAGGAAGAAGGACAAACUUUUACUAGCUUUGUGACAGAACUGAAGAAACGCAGUGCAGCGUGUGAAUUCGAUACUUUGAAAGACUCGCUUAUUAAAGACAUGAUCAUUUGUGGUAUCUCUGACAAUGCCCUUCGUGAGAGAAUGCUUCGUGAGCCUAACAUCAAUCUACAAAAAGCAGUCGAGCUUGGUCAAGCCUCCGAGCAAACCAAACUACAUGCUCAGCAACUUACUGAAGACAUGGAAAAGAAAAUCCACAAAGUACACAGGCAAAAGCGAGAGAAGGAAAGGCGAGACAAAAACCGAGAUAGGUUUAAAUCUCAUUCUCCAGAAAGAGAUAAUUUAAUAAAGAACUGCAAAUUUUGUGCAGGUCGACACCAACGUGGAAAAUGCCCGGCGUAUGGUCAAAAGUGCAACAAGUGCCAACGUAGAAAUCACUUUGCCAGGUGCUGUAAACAAACAGUGCAUCAAGUCGAUGACUCUCAAGAUCGUGCCUCCUUUGAAUCCUCUUCAGAAAGUGAUUUUGUUAUCGAAAGCCUCGUUGCAACUGAAUCUGAAGCAGCCUCUGAGGUUCAACAAGCACUUAAAAUUGAUCCUCUCAAUAGCGACACCUCUGCGGGACACUGGUCUGUCACUCUUAAUGCAGGCAGCCAAGACAUUCCCUUCAAAAUCGACACAGGGGCCCAAGUGAACGUGUUACCCAAGAAACUCUACAACAAGUUAAACCCUCGCCCACGAAUCAAACAAACAUCAACCAAGUUGUCCGCCUACAAUGGGUCCUCCAUCCCUGUACAUGGAAAAUGUAUUGUCCCUAUUCAGUAUAAAGGACAAAAACACCACCUUCUCUUUAUCGUCGUAGCUUCACAGACCACACCCAUCCUAGGUUUGGCCACUUCAGAGCGACUCAAUCUAAUCAAGCGGGUCUACAAAAUAACUGAUACUAACAUUGAGGAAGCUUAUAGCUCCAAUAUAUCUGAAGAGUACGCUGACUGUUUUGGAGAGAUUGGCACACUCAAGUCCACCUAUCACAUGACCUUGAAAGAUGAUGUCCGUCCAGUAGUGGUACCUCCUCGAAAAGUACCGUUUGCUCUUAAAGAUCGACUGAAGAAGGAAUUAGACCGCAUGGAGAGCAUGGGUAUAAUUGAAAAAGUCGAAAAAUCCACAGACUGGGUCAACGCCUUAGUUCUUGUCGAAAAACCCAACGGAAAGCUUCGCGUUUGCCUAGACCCGCGUCCAUUAAACCAAGCAAUCAAACGCCAACACUACCGUCUGCCUACUACAGAAGAGAUAAUCUCUCAAAUGAGUGGUGCUCGAUUCUUUAGCAAACUCGACGCAAGCAACGGGUACUGGCAGAUUGCAGUCGACGACUUCACAUCAGAUGUUCUCACGUUUGGCACAGCGUUUGGCCGAUACAAAUUUAAGCGUAUAACCCUAUGGAAUUCACUCGGCUAGUGAGAUAUUCCAACUCGAAAUAUCCAAGAUCAUCGCUGGCUGCGAUGGUGCUGCCAACUCGCAAGACGAUAUAACCGUGUGGGGUGAAACAAAAGAAAUUCAUGAUCAACGGCUGAAGAAGGUCCUAGACAAAAUUCGAGAUAGCGGAUUGAAGCUAAACCAUGCAAAGUGUAUUUUUGGUGCAACGGAGCUUACCUUUCUGGGUCACAUCAUGUCCGCAGAUGGAGUGAAGCCAGACCCAAGAAAGAUUGAAGCAAUUACCAAAAUGCCCGUUCCAACAAGCCCUGCCGAACUUCAGCGUUUUCUUGGGAUGGUGAACUAUCUUGGUAAAUUCAUCCCAAACCUAUCAGACGAAACUGCACCAUUACGAGCCCUCUUGAAGAAAGGAACCGAGUUCUUAAUGCAGAAACCCCAAAUUGAUGCCUUUGAAAAGCUCAAGCGUCGGAUUUCAUCUGCUCCUGUCCUACAGAGCUACGACCCAAAUCUCCCAACUCAUAUUCGGACAGACUCUAGCUCUAUUGGGUUAGGUGCAAUGCUUGAGCAACGCAUAGAUGACUCCUGGCAUCCCAUUGCAUUUGCCUCCAGAACACUCGAAAAAUCAGAACAAAAUUAUGCUCAGAUAGAACGUGAAACUCUUUCAGUCGUAUUCGGAUGUGAACGGUUCCACGAAUACCUCUAUGGUCGAGAAUUUAUCGUACACAAUGAUCACCAGCCCCUAAAAGCCAUUUUCUCCAAAAGCAUUGUUCAGUGUCCUCCUCGCAUCCAACGGUUCUUUCUGCGCCUACAAAAGUAUGACUUUUCAUUCGAAUAUGCACCCGGAAAGACUAUGAAGGUGGCAGAUGCCCUCAGCAGAGCCUCAUUACCUGGUCAACCGGAAAUUACCCCUGAAGAUAUUGCUCAUCAUGUUCACUCAAUCAUCAACCAGCUACCAAUCAGCCAGUCAAAACUCUCUCAGCUUCAGCGCGAAACAGCAAACGACCUAGUUCUACAAAAGCUCAAACAAUACACCGUCAAUGGUUGGCCAUCCGAUGAUAACAUUGAUAGUUCCGUGAAACCUUUCUACAGCCAGCGUCACGAAAUUGUGUACAAUCAUGACCUUCUUCUCAAAGGGCGACAAAUCAUUGUGCCGAAAUCCAUGCGUCCUGAAGUCCGAACCCUUCUUCACCAAGGACACCAAGGCAUUGAAAAGUGCAAGAGUCGAGCCCGGCAAGCAGUUUAUUGGCCUGGAAUCAACCAUGAGCUAACUGUUCUUGUCUCUCAGUGUGCAACGUGCACAAAUCAUCGAACCGACAGCAAAAGGAAACACUGAUACCACACGACGUGCCUGACCAACCGUGGGUCAAAGUUGGUACAGAUCUCUUCUCGCUCCAUGGUCGAGACUACCUAAUAGUCGUUGAUUAUCACUCCAAAUUCUUUGAAGUAGCCCACAUUGCAAAACCCGUCGAGGCACCUGCCGUAGUUCGUGAAAUGAAGAAAAUAUUUAGUCGUCAUGGUAUCCCACAAACAGUGUUCAGUGACAAUGGCCCACAGUACACUGCCGCAUCCUUUAAACGAUUUUCACGAGAGUGGGACUUCCAGCACGACACGUCUAGUCCUCACUUCCCUCAAUCAAAUGGCCUCGUUGAGAGAACCAUCCAAACGGUCAAGAAGUCACUGAAGAAAGCUGAAGAAUCCCACAGCGAUGUGUAUCUUUCCAUGCUCGUGCUCAAUACAACCCCACACAAUGAUGGCCACUCUCCAGCCUACAAAAUGUAUCAAAGAAACCCUCGCACCACCCUUCCUUCUGGAUCAACCCAGCCACCGUGCCCGGUGUCGCCAAGGCACAAGGUCAAGCAAUCUUAUGAUCAGCAUGCCCGCAUCUACCAGCUCUACUACCUGGCACUACAGUUCGCGUACGAACAGAUAAAGACACCAAUUGGUCAAAAAAGGGUAAAGUGGUAGAGAAGUGUAGUGAACCUCGAUCAUAUCGUAUCCUGAAUCAGCAGGGAAACGUUGUUCCUCGAAACAGACGACAUCUGCUUCCAACGAAGGAGACAUUUAAAGUUGAGAACAACGACGAUUAUGACGACCUGAAAUUGUCAAGUAGACCAUCCACCUCCAACCAAUCUAAUGUGAAAGUUAGCAGAAACAAUCCGAUAGUAACAUCUCGGUCAGGUCGACAAUUAAAGAAACCCUCAAGAUAUGCAGACUAG